AAUGACUGACAACCAAUUUGAUAAUUAAAAUGAAUUUGAUGAAAUGGCAAACUUCAAUUUUGUGAUUCGUAAGAAUUAUAAUUAAUACUAGAUAUUCAUUUAAAAAAGAGAAGUGCUAGAAAAACACAAACAAUAAUUGUUGGCAUUCCAGAUGAAUUUGAUUUAAAUAAAAUUAUUAGAUUUUGGAAGAAAGUAAUUUUAAUUCCUAAUAAUAGUAAUUUAAUUGUACUGGUGGUAUUAUUUCAAAAGAUGAAGAUUAUGGAGAUUAAGUAACAAUUAGAUUGACAGGAGAUAAUAGAUAAUAAAUUGCAAAAUUUUUAGUAGAAGAAGGAAUAGCAUUAUAAGAUAAUAUUAAAGUUCAUGGUAUUUGAU